CUAAACAGGAUUUUAUCUCGAAAAUGACAAAUUUAAUUAUUUAAACAUGUUUUAUUCUAAUUAUGUGACUGAGUUGUAAAAAUUCCACUUUUAAGGCGUGAUUCAUUUUCAAAGGGUCGGAUUGAAAAUUAGUAAAAAUGUCAAUACGGAGUGUUUUUAUAAUUUUGUUACUGAGUAAAUCUCUGGUAAGAGAGUCUAAUGCAGUGCUAAACCACAAAAGGCCCAGUGAGCUGGGCGUUAAAAAUGACUUUUUCGAGUCAGCCGAUGGCGACUAUAUAGACAAGUUCGUCAAUAAAAAUUCCAACGAUAAUACUGAAAGCGCAGUUGGGAGUCUUGAAAAGGCGUUUUCGAAGGGUACAAAAACAAUUAAUGAAACCGCCUCAUCAGUUUUUGAGGCGUUUUCCAAUGGGCUUGGAUUACUGAUAAACGGAAGUGAGAUGGUGGGAGAAAAGGGAGACGCCCUAAUAACGAAAGGUAUUAGUUCAACGGGUCGUUUAGUUGACAGGACGAAGCAAGUGACGAGGGGUGUGACAGAGCUAUUGGAGGACACAAGUCCCGAGUUUGACUCUCGUGUGAGUUCAAAAGAAAAUUUGGACAAGUUUAACCAUUACAUGAGCGAUUAUUUGAAGAAAAAUGAGAAUAAAGUAGAGGAAAGGAUUGGGAGGGAAAAUCUGAUGAGGGAUAAAUAUUACAACUUAUACACCCAAAGAUGCCUUAAAGGUGAUUGUCUCACCCUUGAUAAUCUUAAAGUUGCCGAUCUGGGCAAUAAAAUAAAGCUUUAUUUACCAAGUUUGAAGCAGGUUGACCUUGCGUUACACCUGUUUAAGGAAUCUGUAAACAAUGAAUUCAGCUUCGUUACUACACUGUUGAGAAGGACAAACUACAACUCAACUGAGUUUUUCAUACUAGUACUUGCUAGACAUAAUUUAAAGAAGCGAGAAUUCCUCAACACUAACGAUGAAGGUGUUAAUACCUUCUACUACAAAGCCACACUACUGUAUAAAAAGUUCACAGCUGAGUCAAGAAUAAAGAACCAACUUGACUCCAAAAAGACUCUGACUACUGUUUUGGGCUUCUUUGUCAAGUCUGACCUGGUAAAAGUGGCCCAAAUGUCAUCAUUUGCAGGUGACAUAAAACUUGACCCUGAUGAACUAAAUCAAUUAACUAACAACUUUAAAGAGUAUCUAAUUAAUGAUUCUGAGGAGUUUAAAUAUUUAUCAGACUCCUAUGCAAAUCUUUGUAAAGAAUGUUUACAAGGCACUUAUGAGGAAAACAUGUUCAACACUGAGAUGAUGGAUUAUCUUGUUGAGGGUAAAUACGAUGCUAACGGCAUUUGUAAUGAACAAGGUGAAGAGUGUUUGGCCAUGUUGGAUCGUUAUGUCGAGCGUUGUAAGACUGGCGACUGUUACACUCUAGACCCAGUUAACUUGCUGGAAAAUGUUAGGCUCAGAGUAUUAAUGCCUAAUAUUCCACAGGCGAAACUCGCACUUAGAAUCUUCAAACUAAGUAAGGCCCACAGAGGUGGCAACUUUUUCACGAGAUUCAUCAAAAAUGUGCUCCGAAUACAGACACAAAAGACUCUACGCUCAUUCAUUAUUAUGUUAGCGAGACACAAUGUGAAAAUGUCUUACUAUAACAAUGAAGCUGAAAAGGUUAUUAACCGUUUCCUAUACCAGUCAACUUUGUUUUUUGUAAGGUUUUUAACUGUUUCUAAAUUAAUCACAUUUUACUCCUUGGGUAAGUUUACCCUAUGGCUAUUCUCAUUUGGGAGAUAUAAAUAUCUCAAGGAGCUGGCCAAGGACAUAACAUUUGGAAAUAAAAUUGUCUUAACCCAUGAUUUAUCAAAUGUAAUGGUCAAAUACAGCGAUUACCUCGUCAAGUUUAACGAGAGUAAAUUACAUAAAAUAGCUAAAUACUUUGCUUCCAUGUGUAGGGAGGUGGUAAUGAAGCAUGUGAAUGUGGACAAAAUAAGUGCAGACAUGUUCGACACUAUGGAGGAGAUUAAGCCUGAGGAAAUUUGCGGUAAAAAUGAAAAGCUCGAUUGUCCUCCUCUAGUUAAAUUAUUCCUCGACCGUUGUAAAAACGGCGAUUGCUAUACUCUUGACACCAAGGAUUUCUUUACUCUAAAUCGCAUGACUAAAUUAACACUUCCAGUACUGCACCAAGUUGACGCCGCUAUUCAUAUUUUCAACAACAGUAGUUCCAAUAAGGGCAGAUUUCUCAGAUUAGCCAAGUCCCUAAGCACUGGCGGAGAUGUGGACCCUUUUAUACAGUUUUACAGGAAUUUAGUAAACCAUAACGCGAAACUAAUUACAUAUAAAUCAUUUGAUAACGAGGUGCUUAACAGAUAUCUUUUCAACUCUGCAGUUUAUUACAAGUUCAUCAGUGAUAAGCAUUUGCUGGACUCUGUAGACUCUGAAUUUCUCCGAGAGUUUAAUCACACUUCGGAGAAAGUUGAGGGGUUUAUGAACAGGACUUUGAGGGCUCUAGUUGGUGCAGAAAGGGUCAGAUUCUCAGACAUUGAGCUCGACGAGGUUUUCAGAAUCUAUCAUAAAUACUUUUACAAUACUCAAGUUGUCAAGAACCAAAACGGGCUCGAACUCUUUAUCCAAUCCUGUCAGAAAGUUAUCAGACUGUUCAAAAGUAUGCAAAAUGAUGAUAAAAAAUUUAAUCAAUACAUUAAAUCCCUUGAAGAAUAAUUCUAUUCUGGGCUAAUUUUUGUAAGAUUAUUACUGUAAAUUAUCGUAAAAGGCUUUGGAAAAUUCCAUUCCUAUUAUUUUAAUCUAUUCUUUUCA